GGAAUGAAGGUUUGUGCGCAAAAAUGAAAUCCAACGCCUGAAAUCUUCCGUUGCCCGUGUUUCCUUGCACAGGAUAGCUUAUGUAGUAUACGAACAAGGGGAGCAACCAGGGGUCGCUACGAGUCGUUAGAUAAGGGCUCAAAAGAGAUAAGAUCGCAAGGUUGGUCACGUGCCUAAUAGUCGUGUGAUGGGGCGCUUUAAAGAUUAAUUACGCGUAACGCAGCACAUCCGUACACAGACAGAGCUCUGAAUGAAAGGGGUUGGCACUGGGGUAUUUUGUUGUUGUUUUUUUCGCAAGCGGAUUUUGUCACGUGAUCUUGUAUUCUGAGCCAAACCCUCUGAAACUUGAUUUUUUUCACCAAAAUUUUUCAAUUUCGAUAAACUCAAACCAAAACCAAUUAAUCAACCAUGGGUGCCUACAAAUAUCUCGAGGAGUUGCAAAGAAAGAAGCAAUCUGAUGUCAUGAGAUUUCUUCUCAGAAUCAGAUGCUGGGAGUACAGACAGAAGACUGUGAUCCACAGAGCUUCCAGACCAUCCAGACCAGACAAGGCUAGAAGACUUGGAUACAAAGCUAAGCAGGGCUUCGUCAUCUUCAGAAUUAGAGUCAGAAGAGGUGGCAGAAAGAGGCCUGUUCCAAAGGGUGCUACUUAUGGUAAGCCAACCAACCAGGGUGUCAACCAAUUGAAGUACCAAAAGUCUCUCAGAUCUACUGCUGAGGAGAGAGUUGGAAGAAAGGCCGCCAACUUGAGAGUUUUGAACUCCUACUGGGUCAACGAGGAUUCCACUUACAAGUACUACGAGGUUAUUUGUGUUGAUCCUCAACACAAGGCCAUCAGAAGAGACCCAAGAUACAACUGGAUCUGCAACCCUGUCCACAAACACAGAGAGGCUAGAGGUCUUACUGCCACUGGAAAGAAAUCCAGAGGUAUUGCCAAGGGUCAUUUGUACAACAAGACCAGAAAGGGAAGAAGACACACCUGGAAACAACACAACACCUUGUCUUUGUGGAGAUACAGAAAAUAAGCUGGGUGUUAAAGCCGCUGUUAGGGCUUUGUUCGUAUCUAUAUUUCGAAGUAACUUAAUC